CUGAGAGACAGAGACAGAGGAAGAGACGUGGACCGUCCGCAGAGCAGAGGAGAAGAGGAUGAAGCGAACAGCCUUCCUGCUGGUGUUUGGAGUCGUCCUGAGCUGCUGUCAGGCUCAGUCGGAGACCGGAGCUGAGGAGACGGGCGGAGAGGAAGAACAUGUGGAGCUCUUCACGACACCGACCACUAAGAUGGGCGCCGCCACCUCCGACUUUGGCUACAACCUGUUUCGCGCUCUGGCGAGCCGCGAGGCAGCGACCAACGUCUUCCUGGCCCCGAUCAGCGUGUCCGCGGUGCUGACGCAACUCUCUAUGGGAGCGUCUGAGCGUGCGGAGAGGCAGCUUUUCAGGGCUCUGAGGUACCACACCCUGCAGGACCCUCAGCUCCACAACACCCUCAGAGACCUGCUGGUUUCAGUCCGGGCGCCUGGGAAAGGCCUGAGCACCGCCGCACGGAUCUACCUGGCACGAAGACUUCGUCUGAAGCAGGACUUCUUCGGACUCGUGGAGCAGCAGUAUGGAGUCCGUCCCAAAGCCCUGCUGGGGGGAAACAGUAUGAAAGACAUCAACGACUGGGUGUCUCAGGAGACGGGUGGUAAGGUACAGCGCCUCCUGACCACGCCCCUCCCCCGAAACCCUGGUGUGAACACAGUGAGCGCCGCCUACUUCAAAGGGAAGUGGGUGACUCGGUUCGGCCAGAGUGGAAACAUGGAGAGCUUCCAGGUGGACGGCGGGUCGCCUGUCCGUGUUCCCAUGAUGCAGCAGGAUAACUACCCCAUUAAGAUGGGCGUGGACUCCGAUCUGAGCUGCACGAUCGCUCAGAUCCAGAUGCAGGACGACGUCAGCAUGUUCGUCUUCCUGCCCGAUGAGGUGACGUCCAACAUGACGCUGCUGGAGGAGAGUCUGACCGCCGAGUUCGUCCAGGACCUCUCCAUGACGCUGCAUCCUGCGCAGGUGUCGCUCACGUUGCCCACCCUGAGACUCAGCUACUCCACAGACCUGCUGCCGCUGCUCGGCGACAUCGGUCUCUCUGAGUGGCUGGCCGACACGGACCUGGAGAAGAUCUCGACCCAGCAGGCAGUGCUCGCCAGCGUCAACCACAAGGUCGUCAUGGAGACGGCGCCCGAGGGGAACCAGUACCCCGACACCGCCGCAACGGCUCACCUGACCUACCGAGUGGACCGACCCUUCAUCUACCUGAUCCGGGAUGAAACUUCAGGGGCGCUGCUCUUCAUCGGCAGGGUGGUCAACCCCAAAGAUCUGACAAUAUAACACACACACACACACACACACACACACACACACACACACUCUUAGCAGGUCCUAGGAGGGUUUCAGGUGUUUGCUUUGCGUUUCUGGUGGCAGAUAUUUGAUUUUUAUCAGAUUUUUUUAUUCUUUUCAUGCUGAAACGUGCAAUCACAUUCAUCUAACGGGAUACUCAAACACACUGACGAUACUCUGAGCUCACCAAAGGAUUGUUUUUUUGUUUUUUAAGAGAUCAAAUAUUGUCAUUUGUGGUAAAAAGAAAUAAACGACAAUGAA